CUUGUUUGAGGUGUCUCCCCGUGAACCUGCCACGUGCUGGUUUAUCAGCAUCCUGUGAAGCCUCGGGGAUGUCAGCCUUUUAACAGACCAUCAUCUCGGGCAGAGUGGCCCCUGGAGCCCCAGCAGGUCCCGGUGGGUGAGGAGCAGCUGUCAUGAUCUCUACAGCACCUCUCUACAGCGGGGUGCACAACUGGACCAGCACAGAGCGGAUUCGCAUGUGUGGCCUCAACGAGGAGAGGAGAGCCCCCCUUUCUGAUGAGGAGUCCAAAACGAGCAGCUCCCAGCACUUGGGGUCUCAGGACUUUUGCGUCAGUAGCAGCCUUUCCAAGGUGGAGCUCACAGCAGUCAGCGGCGGUGGCAGCAGUGCCCAGGGGCUGGAUGCUGAUGGCAAGGUGGAGGAAAAGCUUGGGCCCAAACUGGAAGAGCAGCCACCUGAUCCCAACCCAAACCCUGAGUGUGCAGGACAGACUGUGAAAGAUGAUGGCCUGGGCCCUCCGACAAGCCAGGGGGAUGGCAGAGGGCAGGAGCCUGCCGUCCCCACAGCUGCUGAGGAGGAGAGCAGUGGUGCUGAUGCUGCCUGGACCCCUGCAGAUCCUCCCAGUGACAAGCAGGCUGAUGCUCCUCCAGCCUGCUCCGUGGCUCCCGAGAGCGAUCCUGCUGAGGAGAACACCUCCCCGAGCCCCGGAGCGCAAGGGCCAGGUGUGCUGGCAGAAGGGACGUUGUCUGCGGUUGUCUCUAGCUGCAACACCUCUGCCUCCACUCCUGCCACUUUCACUUUGAACAGAGCGUGCUUUCCCACCACUCAGGCCCCUGCUAUGCAAAAAGUGCCCCUGUCCUUCCAGCCUGGGGCGGUGCUGAGCCCCAGCCAGUCCCUGGUGUACAUCCCCCCGCCCAGCUGCGGGCAGCCGCUCAGCGUGGCGACGCUGCCAGCCGCCCUGGGGGUCUCCUCCACGCUCACUCUCCCUGUCCUACCUUCCUACCUACACGAGCGUUGCCUGCCGGGCAUCAUCGCUUCCCCAGAGUUGCGCUCCUACCCCUACACCUUCUCCGUCACCAGGCCCUUGGCUUCGGACGCCAAAGUGGUGUCUGUGGAGGUGAAUCAGCUCGGCUGCCCUUCGCCCACAGGCACGAGCGCUGCCCAGGCUGCUGCCGAGGGGGCUGCCCCGUCUACCGCCGGACCUUCUCUCUCCUCCAGCCAGCCUCCACUGCCAGCAUCGUGUGGGAAUGCUGCUCCCUCUUCUGGCACCAGCACCAGCACCGGAGCACACACCAGAACCCCGGCAGCACCUGAGCCGCACGCACCGGGGGCUGCCACUUCGCUCUCUCCUCUGAAGUCUCCUCCACAGCUGGAGCGUGAGAUGAUCUCCUCUCCAGAGUGCAGCGAGAUGCCUCUCGAUCUCUCCUCCAAGUCCAACCGUCAGAAACUGCCUCCCCCGAGUCAACGCAAGACACCCCCCAUGCCCAUCCUCACGCCCGUGCACACCAGUGGCAAGGCUCUUCUCACCACCGUCCUGUCCAAGUCCCAGCGCGCGGCCCAGACGACGGGCAGCAGCGUCACCUCGUGCCUCGGCACCACCCCUCCCUUGGUCAUCUUCCCCGAGUUCCUGCGCAACGGUGAGCAGGGCUCCUGGGUGAAGAACACCACGCUCAUCAGCACCAUCCCCGGCACCUACGUCGGCGUCGCCAACCCAGUGCCUGCCUCGCUCCUGCUCAGCAAGGACCCUGGGGUGAGCUUCAGCAGGGACCCACGACAUCUUCCCAAGCAGGAGCCCAUUUCCAUCAUCGAUCAAGGAGAGCCUCGUGGUGCUGGUGUUGUUCCCUGUGGGAAGAAAGCCAACCAGGGCAGCAUGGAAGGACAGCAGGAUCCUGCCAGGAGACCUCUUCAUGGCAGAGUUGCUCCUGGAGCUCCUUUGUGUCUGUCCAAGGACAUCUCCACCUGGAAUCCUGGCCAAGGAACUGUGUACCCUCGAUGCCCUGUGAAUGGAAAACCUUCCAAUCCUCAGCUCCUGCCUCUUGGUUGGUCUCCUUAUCAUCAAGCCCCUCUGCUUUCAAUUGGCAUCUCCACGACAGGGCAGCUGCCCCCGAACCAGAACAGCUCCUGCAAGCCAGCCGGUGCCGGGGAGCUCCCGGCGUUCCCCAGCGUGCCACCCGUGGAGUCCAGCACGGCCACCCAGAGCCUUCCGGAGGGGCUGCCCAGGCCCCCACCUCAGGAACGGGAACCUGCCACCAAGACCAAGAGCUGCCGGGCCCUGCCCAAGCUCUUUGAGGAGCCGGCCAACCCGGUCCCCUUGGACGCAGGUCCAGCUCUUCAGACCAGCGCCUUGGAUGCGAAAGGUGGCAAGGGGAAGCUGGACAACCCUCAGAAGAGCCAAGAGCGCAGUCAGCCGGGGGCUGACUCCGGCAAGGAGGGCAGCGUGCAGAGCGAGGCUUCCCAGGGCAGCUGCAGCCUCAAGCAGUCGGACACAAAGCCUAAAAACCAAGUGCUGGCGGCGUACUUGUCUCACGACCCACCAGCAGCUGGGCAGCAGGGCCCGAGAGGGACCCCCGAGGUGCCCGCCCUGCCCUCGGAGAGCCAAGGCAAGGAGCUGGGCCGCGAGGGCUCCCCGGAGCCGCCGGCCACGGAGCCCCUGCAGUGUGUGCACCAGGUGGAGCUGUGCCGGGUGAAGAAGGAGCGGGUGGAGUGUGAGGGGGCCUUUGGCUCUGUGAGCUGCCUGCGGGCUGGCAGUGCGACACAGCCCCUGCCAGAGGUGAAGCUCAAAGGACACAUCAAGCAAGAGGGCGGCGUGCGCUGCAAGUCCAAGCGUCAUCACGACGGGGAGGCCAGGCAGGGCCACAAGAAGCUGAAGUGCCAGGCCCAGGACAGGCAGGAGUCCCCAGGCAGAGCCGAUAGCCGGAGCACGCACGGACGGAAGUGGCGGAAACACCACGACAAUCCACACGAAAUCAGCAAGAGGGAAGGGCGAGCGGGCCUGGCCAAGGACCACAACAGCCUCAGGGUGAAGCGUAAGCGCAGGAGGCUGGCCAAGAGCGAGUUCCCCCCUCCAGCACACCGUGGGGAUGGCCACGAGGAAGUUUACCUCGAGAAGAAGGCCAAGAACAACUUUCGGGACUUCAUUCCGGUGGUGCUGAGUAGCCGGACGCGCAGUCAGUCAGGAAACGUUGCUGGCUCUUCCGCUGGUGUGGCGGGAGAGUGUGAUGUGACCAGUCAGGAGGUUUUGCCAUUGCUGGAGGAGGAUCAGGAAGAAGAGGAGGAGGAAGAGGAGGAGGAGACAUCUCUGAAACGUCACAAGUUGCGAAAGUCCCACAGGACAUCCCGCUGCCACAGUCGCAGGGACAGGGACAGGUCUCUGUCUGAGAGGAGCAGCUGUUACACCAGGAGAGCCCGGGAGCUGCCCUGGAGAGUGGAAUCACCUGGGCAGCUGUGGGAGCCCAACAAGGAGGACGAAGAUGACAGCCACAUCAAAAGGAAGAAAAGGAGACGACAGAAAAGUCGGAAAUACCAAACAGGGGAAUAUUUGACAGAGCGGGAGGAGGAGCGAGUGGGCUACCCCCACAGGAGGCGGAAAUCCAAAGCAGAUUUCAGGUACCGGAAGCAGAAGGAGCUGGUGCAGGGUAAGGGCACAGAGCUACGGCUGAGGAACAGGCUGUCACCCUCACCCCGAAAGUCUCAAGGACGCCCAGACUUCCGGAAUGGCUUCUUCCUGGAGCACUCUGACAGCUCUCCUGCCCAAGAAGAGCUGGAGAAGCCAUCAGGAAAACGCAAAUGUAAAACCAAGCACCUAGCAGGGAUCUGCGACGAGGGAAAGGGGAAAGGCUGCUGGAACCAGCCCAAAACGUGCCCUCUGAAGAAGCCCCAAGACUUGUGGACGAUUUGUAAGUCCCAUCGGGUCAGCCCAGUGAGUUCUCCUGAAUUGCCCGUGGCCCAGAAUGUUCCUCCCGGAGCCCGGCGGCUGAUUGUGAACAAGAACGCAGGGGAGACCCUUCUGCAGCGAGCAGCUCGCCUGGGCUACAAGGACGUGGUGCUCUACUGCCUGCAGAAAAAGAGCAGCGACGUGAACCACCGCGACAACGCUGGCUACACGGCGCUGCACGAAGCCUGCGCGCGGGGCUGGAUUGACAUCCUCCACAUCCUGCUGGAGCACGGAGCCAACGUCAACUGCAGUGCCCAGGAUGGCACCAGGCCCGUCCACGAUGCAGUAGCAAAUGACAACCUGGAAACCAUGUGGCUUCUACUCUCCUAUGGUGCUGAUCCCACUCUGGCCACGUACUCGGGGCAGACAGCUGUCAAGCUGGCCACCAGUGACGUGAUGAAGCGAUUCCUCUGUGAUUACCUUUCAGAUCUCCAGGGACGCACAGAUGGGGACCCUCGAACAGCGUGGGACUUCUACAGCAGCUCUGUCCUAGAGGGGAAGGACAGCAUUGGGUGCGAUCUUCUGCUCAACCCUCCAGGAAGUUCAGACCAGGAGGAAGAGGAGCAAGAAGCAGACAACUUCAUGUUUGAAUUCUCAGACAAGCCCCUGCUGCCCAGCUACAACCUCCAAGUGUCAGUCUCUCGGGGGCCCAGCAACUGGUUCCUGUUCUCUGACGUGCUGAAGAGGCUGAAGCUCUCCUCACGCAUCUUCCAGGCCCGCUUCCCGCACUUUGAGGUCGCCACGCUGCCCAAGGCCGAGUUCCAGCGCCAGGUCUCCCUCAGCCAGGUGCUGGCACAGGAGGAGGUGCAGGAGAGCCCUGAGCCGGGCACUGCAGAGACAGUGGAGCUGGUGCACUAUGAGCCCGAGCUGCUGCAGCUGCUGGGCUCGGCGGUGGAGUACGAGGGCUGGAGCAGCUGACGGGGCCGGAUGGCUCCCGGCAUCACGAGGCAAUAAUAAGGACCAAGGGGAAGCAGCCCUCUCAGCGCCAGCAGCAGGGACCCGAGUCUUUGGCCAGCCAGUCCCCCCUCUCCUCGGGGUCUCCUCCAGCUGGGGAGAGGACCCUCGCCUCCAAGGACUCCCCGGGGUCCCUUCGCCACCCUCCCGGCCCCAUCCGGCUGCGGCGGGCGAUGGAGCCCCCUCUGUGGAGCUCGUGGGCCAGCUUGGGGGGGGGUGGGUGCCACUGCCCCUCCCCGCCUGACCCCGUGGAACUGCGCCUCUCUCUGUUUGCCCUCCCCCUCCCGACGUCUUCCAUAGUAUUUAUUUAAUUAGUAUUUAAUUUGUAAUGUUUCCUUUGUUUUUGCUGAGUCUGUAUCACUGUGAUGGUGAGCUCCGGGCUGGGGCUGAGGGCUCCCUCCGGCCCCUCUCCCACACUCCCCAGGACCACCCGCCGCAGAGCCGGGGGGGUCUCUGCCCUCCUUUGAGCCUGGGGACAGUCACUUCCCUCAGCUUUGGAGCCCGCCAGCCCCGCUGCUCCAUCCUCUCCCCGGGCUCCUUCCUCCAUCUCAUCUGUGCUGCUGUUCCCCAGUGCACCCCACACUUCCCAGCAGCUUGUCCCCCCUGCCCCACCCCGGGGUCUCUGGCCAGGGCAGAAGCCCCCUCCUCGCCCCGUGCAGUGUCUGCUGGGCCUGGCCCUGCUCCCCGGGCCCCCUGUGCCAGCAGGAGCAGCUCCCGGGGUCAGCAGACAGGGUGCCGGGUGCUCUGCUCCUGGUACAGUUUUAUUGUACAGGUGCUACCAGGACUGAGGAGGGGACAAUCGUGGUUGCUCUGGCUCUCCCCAGCUCCGCAGCAGGAGCCUCGGGUGGGUUUAUUUUUAUUAUUUUCUUUUUUUUUUUUUUCUUUUUUUUUUUUUUUUUUUUUCUUUGAUUCGUUUUUCCUUUGUGUUGUGUUUCUUCCCAGCCAGGGCAGGUGUUUCCCCCUUCCCCUUGGCCUCCCAGCUGCUGGGCUCCCCGCUCUCUGGGGGGCUUGGCAGCACCUUGUUUAAGCCGAGGGAUUUUUGCCUUUGGGUGUGUAUUCUGGUUGCUCUUUCUGAUUUCUGUUUUAUUAUAAGCAGCGACAGGCUGUGGUGUCAAAAACACUGAUGUACAGAAAAAACCUGCAUCAGGCCCCC